AUGGAGCACUCACUCCAAGAUGUGAUACUGCUGCUGCCACCUGGUCUGGCCAACUACACGUGGAGGCUGCGUGGAGUCCACAGACAGAGAGCCUCCGACGCAGUUCUCAGCCAGUUGCCCCAGGACUGGCCCUCCAGCUCCGACGGGACUCGUGCAGUCUGCAUCAGCGUGAGCGGGCAGUCUGCCAUCGAGAUUCAGAAUGCCUUGCACAUCAUCCUCAGGCGCUUGGAAGAUCUAGAGACUCGAGAUGGUUUGGUGCCUCCAGCGCCUGGGCACGGCAAUGUCAGUGGACUCUUGGGCCUCGCCGUGCAGCUGACGCCUUCGAUUGCCGUCGAGCUGCGGCAGCGGCACGGGAGCCGACUGAAGGCCCUCUGCCGCAGCUGUCCAAGCAGAUUGAGGGCCUCGUUGGUCGGGCACGAUCCUCCGCUUCUGCUCCUGUCAGGAUUGCCAGAGGCGUUGCACGCGGCCCUUCCGCAGGUGAGAGACAUGCUGCAGCUCAGAGGCCCAGGCUGGCACGCAGAGUUGAGGGACGCUGCGCUACCGGGGCAAAGCAUCCCUUCCGGUGCUGCGCGGUCAGUGCCAGCGAUACCAACGGUGCCCGUCGGCGAUUACAGCCUUUGGGUAUGGCUAAAGAGCCUGGACGGAGGAGUCGGAGAGAUGUUGGUGUACUGCGACCGCCUGAACGAGCUUUUUCAGGCCAGAGCGGUGCCCUUCAUUGCCAAGGCAUUGUGGGCCAUUUGGCGAGGUGCCGGAUCCGCGCUUUCUGCAGGAGCACUGGCUUGUGGAGCUUGUGCCGAGAUUCAGCGACUACCAAAGCAAGAGUUCGGUCACGAUGCGAAAGUGAGCUCCGUGUCCAUCGUGAAGAUCAUCGUGAGAUCUUCAGGCACCAUGCAGAACAGCAAACUGAUGCACCCCGAAUGCGACCGAGUGGAUGGGAUGAAGAGCGUCUGCUGCUUAGAGAGCCUCUUUGAGACGCAGCGGAAGCCAGGUGGCACAUCGGCCACGGCCACCUGGGGCUUCCAUUUAGGGAAUACUGGGCAGCUGGACUGGGGUGGGAAGUUCCGGUCCAGUGCCCGGUGCACGAAGCUUCGACUGGAUGUGUGGCUGGUUCCAUCGCUCAAGUGCAGUGUGGAUCAAGCUGCCCAUGCUGCAAGCGAUCGGGCAUCCAGGUCUGCAGCUGUGGUUGUGACAGUUACCUUGACAUCGGUGGCACUGGUCUCUGGCUUUGCCUUUGCUGGCUGGCGGUCUUGCAGCAAAUCCAGAAGGAAACUCCACGCCGGCAGUCAAUUUCCGAAGGCGGAGGCAUACGGCAGAGCAGACUCUCGCCAUACCGACCCGAGAAGGGUGAAAGCGGAUGACGGGCAAGAGGAAGCAGUCUACGAUAGGAAGCUGGGCAGAGGGAUUCCUUCUGCGGCUCCGGACGGCUUCUUCGAUGGGCCUCCAGACUGGAUGAAUGAUGAGGAAGAAGGCACGUCGAGUCCGAGCAGGUCCCACACUGCCAAGGAGAACAUGUUCACGCGCAGCGAGGACAAGGCGCGCUCGACGCAGUCCAGUCCGAUGCGAAAGGGCAGGUUUAUCCCAGCAGAGGCUGGCAAGGAUGAGGGCGACGAGCAUGAAGAGAGUCCUAGAGCGACUCCUACUUCGCCAUCGGGGACUCUGCCUCCUGGCUAUGCGGCAGCUGCCCGACGCAACCGUCGUACAGGCAAAGAGGCCCCGGACGUGGACAGCUUUGCAACCGACAGCCAUCAUGUCCCGGGUCAGGCGAAUGCCUCGCCACGUCAAAGCCACUCCAAGGGCAAAGCGUCGCAACCUGGCAAGGAGAAGGAGAAGGAGUCUGGAGACGGGCACGAGAAGCCGCACCAAGCCGGCCCACGUGCUGCGGGCCGUGCUGAGGACGAUCCUGGACGGAAAAGCAGGCCAGGUGCAUCUGGCUCGACGCGUGGAGAUGAGCGAGCGAAUCCGCGGGUGGCUGCGAACACUGCUGCCGCUCCAGAGGCUGCCGAUCUCAUCGCCAAGGUCGACAAAGAGCUUGAUCAGACGCAGAGCAAGGAUUUGGAGACUCGACGCCGGACCUUUAAGAACCUCAUCCUCAAGUGGCAUCCGGACAAGAACCAGGAAGAGGUCCUGGCUGCGGAGGUAUUCCGCCACCUGAUGUCUCGGCGAGGCCGCUAUCUGGAGGUCACGGGGCCACAUUUAAUCAUGCUGUCAUUUUGA